UGCGAGCCUCGACGGAGUGCGGAUAAGUUAUUUCAUCCGCGACAUAGUGCGCCCGUAACUUAUUUCGUAGCGUUUGAUCGUAGCUUCAUUUUUCUUGUUGUUUAUUAUUGUAGAAAGUGUUUAAUAUUUUUAAUUUAUUUUGUUUACUAAAAAUGAACAUAAAAUGAAGACUUAAAAGGUAAAUAGUUACUAUUGAAAAAUUUACAUAAUCGGGACGUUAAUAACGUGCGAAAAAAAUAAAAUUGAAGUGUUCAUAACUAUAUUAAUUUUGAAAUAAUAAAUGGGGUAAUAAAAUGACCUUACCCUUAAUAUAGCGCGAAAUGUUUUCUUUAUUUUACCAGCAAUCGGCUGAAAAUAAUCAAUUGCGAGUGAAACUUUUGCAGCUAAGAAGUCGAAACUGUGUGUACAAUGUCUGGAGAACAGUGAGCUCUAACAAGCUGGCCAUCCGAACUUGUUAAGCGUGUCUGAGCGACGGCGGACGCAUAAUUCUGUGGGCACAGUUCCUCAUCGAACAUCAGACACUUUCAACUUGUUCGUGGCUUAAGAACAAACUAGGAUCACAUUACCGCAUGGGUAUAUUGGCAGCUCAGAUUAUUCCUAAAUAAUAAUAAUUAUCCGCAAUGGAAACGAAUUCUUUAGGCCGUAAUCGACAGACACCCGCAGCCAGGAACCACAUCAUCUACACCGAUCACAAAGGAAGAAAGAUCCCUUACGCCGACAAGAUCACCCCAGAACCGAUCCUCAACAACAAUGCGGGUCGAGAUACAAAGGCGGACUCGAUCAGGAACAGUUAUAAUAGCCAAUUCAAAGUUGGCAUUUACGGCUGGCGAAAGAAAUGUCUCUACAUUCUUGUCAUGGCGCUCAUGCUUAUGUUGAUUAUCAAUCUCGCGCUGACGCUCUGGGUUUUGAAAGUAUUGGAUUUCAAUUCGGAAGGAAUGGGACAACUUCGUAUCGUGCCGGGCGGCUUGCAAUUAUUAGGACAGGCUCUUUUUUUGGACUCGCUGUUUGCAUCUAGCGUAAAAUCCCGACGAGGACAACCUAUUUCAAUCGAAUCAUCUAGAAACUUUACAGUGUCAACGCGAGAUGCACUCGGGAUGAUUCAAAGUAGAUUAUUUUUAGGUCACGACCGCUUAGAAGUCAACGUGGCUCGUUUGGAAGUACGGGACUCCCGUGGCACUUUAUUAUUGGGUGCAGGACAUGACGCAGUGUCAAUCGGAGCAGAAAACCUAGUCGUUGCAAGUCCGGCAGGGGUUACUUUCAAUUCAGCUGUACAAUCGCCACUUGUUAAGGCACCACCAUCUAAGCAAUUAAUAUUGGAAUCACCCACCCGAUCGCUGGAAAUGCAUGCAGCGCAAAGCAUAGCGCUCGAGUCACGCGCUGGUGACAUAAGCGCCAGCUGUCUAUCCACCUUCCGCCUGCGUUCCAUCGCCGGUUCGAUUCGAUUAGAUGCUCCGAAUAUAUACAUGCCGAAAUUAAAAUCAGCGUUACCGUUGCCACCUUCGGGGUCACACAGCCACGACCCACAUCAUCAGAACAUUUACCAAUUAUGUGCUUGUGCUAACGGAAAAUUGUUCCUAGCGCCCCCCCACGGCGUUUGCGCUGCGAGAGAAGAGAGCUUAAUCUGUCGAUGAUGAUAUAUAACAGACAUAUAAGGUGUGUAGAAUAGUAUAUACUAUAAUAUUGUUAUGUAUAACUAAUUAAUACUGUACUGAAUUAUACCAUUUUAAACAUUAUGCGUCGUAGGAAGAUACUAGUAACUAUUUCUUGAUAUAGUCAAUUAUAUAAAUCGGAGCUGAAUUAUGGUUGUAUAAAUAAUUUGUGUUUAUUGGGUAGAAUAAAAUAUUGAAUUUAACUCGGA